AUGUCGUCCAAAGCAUCCAAAGCACCCGCCUCCAAGGCACCAGCUGAGAAGAAACCAGCAGCCAAGAAGACGUCGUCCUCCGGCGAUGUGUCGAAGAAGAGAACCAAGACCAGAAAGGAGACGUACUCGUCGUAUAUCUACAAGGUGUUGAAGCAGACGCACCCGGACACCGGGAUUUCGCAGAAGUCCAUGUCGAUUUUGAACUCGUUUGUCAACGACAUCUUUGAGCGGAUCGCGUCAGAGGCGUCCAAGUUGGCUGCGUACAACAAGAAGUCGACCAUCUCAGCCAGGGAGAUUCAGACCGCGGUGCGGUUGAUUUUGCCCGGUGAGUUGGCCAAGCACGCGGUGUCUGAGGGCACGCGUGCGGUGACCAAGUACUCGUCGUCCACACAGGCGUAG